CUGCACUGCUUUUUGUAAACCUGAAAACAUUCUACUGUUGUAUUAUUAUGAGAUUGUGUUAAUUGCAUUUUUUUUUGUUUCUUUCUUUUGUCUUCCUUUUGCUUUUUUUUUCUUUUUCCUCCUCUCACCUACCUUUGUCCUUUCCUUCCUCUCUCUUUCUCUCUUUCUUAUUCUUUUCUGCUUAGGACUCCACAGAAUGGAGCAAGAAUGAGAGGAAAAAGGCCGGCAGAAAAGCAUGAACUGGAGGUUUGUUGAGCUCCUCUACUUCCUGUUUGUAUGGGGCCGUAUCUCAGUGCAGCCCUCCCACCAGGAACCAGCUGGGACAGACCAACAUGUCUCCAAGGAAUUUGAUUGGCUUAUUUCAGACAGGGGCCCUUUCCACCACUCCAGGAGCUACCUAUCCUUUGUGGAAAGACACCGUCAAGGAUUUACAACCAGAUAUAAAAUAUACAGGGAGUUUGCCCGUUGGAAGGUGAGGAACACAGCCAUCGAGAGGAGAGAUCUGGUGCGCCAUCCAGUGCCCCUCAUGCCAGAGUUUCAAAGAAGCAUCCGCCUGCUUGGCAGGAGACCCACCACUCAGCAGUUCAUCGAUACCAUCAUCAAAAAGUACGGCACCCACCUCCUCAUCUCUGCCACCUUGGGAGGGGAGGAGGCUUUGACCAUGUACAUGGACAAAAGUCGCCUAGACAGGAAGUCAGGGAAUGCCACUCAAAGUGUUGAAGCUCUGCACCAGCUUGCAUCGUCCUACUUUGUUGACCGUGAUGGCACCAUGAGGAGGCUCCAUGAGAUCCAGAUAUCAACUGGAGCAAUCAAGGUCACAGAGACACGCACUGGGCCUCUGGGCUGUAACAGCUAUGACAAUCUGGACUCUGUGAGUUCCGUCCUUCUGCAAAGCACGGAGAGCAAACUGCACCUUCAAGGUCUUCAGAUAAUCUUCCCUCAGUAUCUGCAAGAGAAGUUUGUCCAGUCGGCCUUGAGCUACAUCAUGUGCAAUGGUGAGGGGGAGUACGUGUGCCAGAACAGCCAGUGCAGGUGCCAGUGUGCCGAGGAGUUCCCGCAGUGCAACUGCCCCAUCACCGACAUCCAGAUCAUGGAGUACACGCUGGCCAACAUGGCCAAGUCCUGGGCCGAAGCCUAUAAGGACCUGGAGAAUUCAGAUGAGUUUAAAUCGUUUAUGAAGCGCCUCCCCAGCAACCAUUUCCUGACCAUCGGGAGCAUCCAUCAGCACUGGGGCAACGACUGGGACCUGCAGAACCGCUACAAGCUUCUGCAGAGUGCCACGGAGGCCCAGAGGCAGAAGAUCCAGCGCACUGCCCGGAAGCUCUUCGGCCUCAGCGUACGCUGCCGCCACAAUCCCAACCACCAGCUGCCUAGAGAGAGGACAAUUCAGCAGUGGCUUGCAAGGGUCCAGUCACUUCUCUACUGCAAUGAGAAUGGUUUUUGGGGAACCUUCCUGGAGAGCCAGAGGAGCUGUGUGUGCCAUGGCAGCACCACGUUGUGCCAGCGUCCCAUCCCCUGCAUCAUAGGAGGGAACAACAGCUGUGCCAUGUGCAGCCUGGCUAACAUCUCACUUUGUGGCUCCUGCAACAAGGGCUACAAGCUGUACCGAGGCCGUUGCGAACCACAAAAUGUGGACUCGGAGCGGAGCGAGCAGUUCAUCAGCUUUGAGACCGACCUGGACUUCCAGGACCUGGAGCUGAAGUACCUGUUGCAGAAGAUGGACUCACGCCUCUAUGUCCAUACCACUUUCAUCAGCAACGAAAUCCGCCUCGACACCUUCUUUGACCCCCGGUGGCGCAAGCGCAUGUCUCUUACUCUCAAGAGCAACAAAAACCGCAUGGAUUUUAUCCACAUGGUGAUCGGCAUGUCCAUGCGCAUCUGCCAGAUGCGCAACAGCAGCCUGGACCCCAUGUUCUUUGUCUAUGUCAACCCCUUCAGCGGGAGUCACUCUGAGGGCUGGAACAUGCCCUUCGGUGAAUUCGGCUACCCGCGUUGGGAGAAGAUUCGCCUCCAAAACAGCCAGUGCUACAACUGGACACUCUUGCUGGGCAAUCGGUGGAAAACGUUUUUUGAGACGGUCCACAUCUACCUACGUAGUCGGACUCGGCUACCUACCUUACUGCGUAAUGAGACUGGCCAGGGCCCGGUGGACCUGUCCGAUCCUUCCAAGCGGCAAUUCUACAUCAAGAUCUCGGAUGUGCAAGUGUUUGGGUACAGCCUGAGGUUCAACGCUGAUCUCCUUCGCAGCGCGGUUCAGCAGGUCAACCAGUCCUACACACAAGGCGGCCAGUUCUAUUCCUCUUCUUCGGUGAUGCUCCUCUUGUUGGAUAUUCGGGACCGAAUUAAUCGCCUGGCCCCUCCUGUGGCCCCAGGGAAGCCGCAGCUGGACUUGUUCUCUUGUAUGCUGAAACAUCGCCUGAAACUGACCAACAGCGAGAUCAUCAGGGUGAACCAUGCCUUGGACCUCUACAACACCGAGAUCCUCAAACAGUCGGACCAGAUGACAGCCAAACUCUGUUAA